AGCUUGAGAUCUUUCUCCACAAGUUCAGCGAGUCUCUAAAAAGUUUCAGCAGGAUGAGCCGGAACUUCCUGUCCAAGAACGAUGAGCUGCGGAAGGGUGACUACCUGAUGUCGAACAAUGGACAGUACAAGGCCGUCUUUCAGGAGGACAGUAACUUCGUGGUCUAUGCCUGGAAGCCAGUGUGGGCAUCUGAUACAUGGGCUGCCAAUGCCCACCGCCUCUGCAUGCAGCGCGACUGCAACUUGGUCAUGUAUACAAAAGAUGGCACAGCAAAGUGGCACACAAACACCCAUCGGAAGGGCGAGCAUGAAAGGUGCCGUCUGUUCCUGUGUGAUGAUGGCAAGCUAGUCAUUGACAGGGAUGGAGAGCAGCUGUGGAGCUCCAGCGAGUAACAGGGGACCCAAUGAUCUUGGUUCUGAACCUACAUCGUCA